UCAAGAGCAGCUACACGCAGUUGCCAACUUCCCUCCAUGUGGUGCCCCAGCAUGCCUUGUGCUGGUGAUGCCACACAUACCAUUCAUCUGCCCUGGAGAAUGGAGCCUACCUCUAGGGGCACCAAUGCCUCUGCUCUGGAAAAAGACAUUGGCCCAGAGCAGUUUCCAAUCAAUGAACACUACUUUGGAUUGGUCAAUUUUGGGAACACCUGCUACUGUAACUCCGUGCUGCAGGCAUUGUAUUUUUGCCGGCCGUUUCGGGAAAAUGUAUUAUCAUACAAGGCCCAACAGAAAAAGAAGGAAAAUCUCUUGACUUGCCUGGCAGAUCUUUUCCACAGUAUUGCUACUCAGAAGAAAAAAGUCGGAGUUAUUCCACCAAAGAAGUUCAUAUCAAGGUUACGAAAAGAGAAUGAUCUCUUUGACAACUACAUGCAGCAGGAUGCACAUGAGUUUUUAAAUUACCUGCUCAACACCAUCGCAGACAUCUUGCAGGAAGAGAAGAAACAGGAAAAGCAAAAUGGGAAACUGAAAAAUGGAAACAUGAAUGAAGCUGAAGAGAACAAUAAACAAGAACUCACCUGGGUGCAUGAGAUUUUUCAGGGAACACUGACUAACGAAACUAGAUGUUUGAACUGUGAAACCGUUAGUAGCAAAGAUGAAGAUUUUCUUGACCUUUCUGUUGAUGUGGAGCAGAACACAUCAAUUACACACUGUCUAAGAGACUUCAGUAACACAGAGACAUUAUGUAGUGAACAAAAAUACUACUGUGAAACUUGCUGCAGUAAACAAGAGGCACAGAAAAGGAUGAGAGUAAAAAAACUGCCAAUGAUUCUUGCCUUACACCUCAAGAGAUUCAAGUAUAUGGAGCAAUUGCACAGGUAUACUAAGCUGUCUUAUCGUGUAGUAUUUCCUCUGGAGUUACGUCUCUUCAACACAUCUGGCGAUGCUGUCAACUUAGAUCGGAUGUACGACUUGGUAGCUGUUGUUGUUCACUGUGGAAGUGGACCGAAUCGGGGGCAUUAUAUUACUAUUGUGAAAAGUCACGGAUUUUGGCUUUUGUUUGAUGAUGACAUUGUAGAGAAAAUAGAUGCUCAAGCUAUUGAAGAAUUCUAUGGUCUGACCUCUGAUAUAUCAAAAAAUUCAGAGUCUGGUUAUAUUUUAUUCUAUCAGUCAAGAGAGUGACUUGGCAAACUGUGACAAUUGCACACCAUGAUGCUGCACGCAAAAGAAGGUGAUGGCCCCCCUUGAACUGACUUUUACACAGACCACAUCUUGUACAGCUGAACAACGAUACACUCUGUCUCCUGUUAAAUGGUUUAUGUGAUAUUGACUAUAACUGUCCUUUUUUUGACAUGCGGAACUUUGUUUCAGGGAGGGUGGGGUUGUUUGUAGUUUUUAAGUCUGAUUGAAGAGUUAAUUGCAGUCAGAUUUUAGUGGAAUUUAUAUGGACUAACAUUUACAGAUAAGAUUUGGAUGUCAACUGUUAAACCCAAUCCAGCUAGAAUAGUAUUUUAUAUGGAAGUGUUCAUUUCAUUUAGGGCAAAAUUGUUUAAAACUUUCUAAAUGGCUUGGGGUGUAUUGAUUUACAAAACAUUCCUUUAAGUACUUCCUGACAUACUUACCCAUUUUAAGUGUAAGCAAAAAAAUCUGUUUCAUGAUGAUCGGAACCGUGGUUGUAUAGGGGAUUUUUUUACAUGUUACUCUCUGCUGCAGAAAAGAUAUUCUUCCAAAACCAUUUAAACUUUGGAUGAUAAAAAACUUUCAGUGCAUAACCUCUGGACCUAAAAUUCACAGAAUCAUCUAGGCUGGAAAAGACCUUGAAGAUCAUCUAGUCCAACCAUUCACAUAGAGGGAUUUAAAUUACAGUGGAACUAAGUAAUUAUGUAUGUCCAGUCAUUUUGUUUAUCAUGAGAUAGUAAAGAUGAGGUAAGAUUUCAGAACUUAGGGAGCACUAGAAUAAAGGGAGUAAGAUGACACAUAUGACACAGAGAUAAAUUACAUUUAUAGAGAUUGACCUUAUCUUUCUGUUGAAAUUAUAUCAUGGGUUGUUUACUUAAUUGAGUUUGCAGAGAUUGUGAUACUGUUCACGUAUAAUAUAUCCAUCAGGACUGAAAUUACACAGUCCAUUUAAAUAAGUGUUGCUUGUACAAUAGAUGUCACAGCUUGAUCCUGCAAUUUUCUGAACAUCUGUAGGUUCCAUUUUAAUAUCUCAAGACAGAGUCAAUUUCUUAGCAACAUAACAUAAUACAUAACAACCAUUAUUUUACACACACUGUCACAUUAUCAUCUCUAUCAUUUUGGCCAGAUUUGACAGUAUUUGGGUCACCACAGAAAUAGAUAGGGCUCUGGAGUGUCUGAUUUUAAAAACAUCAAAAGACUUAGUGCAAAAGUCUUGGUUUGUGAAUUUGGUUGGCACUGGUCAUACACUCUCUAAUAUAAUUGCUGAACUCACACACUGGAAUUUGACAAAGAAUGAAUGUAGAAGCAAGUAUCAAAAGGGUAUGAGAAGGGAUUGACAGCAGGUUGAAGCAGUGGUAAUGCUGAGUAACUACCUUGCUGGGUUUGACAAUUUCCUUUCAUUACACAAUUCUUGAACUUCAGUAGCCAAAUUCCUAUUCCAAUGAAGUCAACAGCAAAAGCACUAUUAUUGUCUUCAGGGAACAGACAGUUUUAGUAUUUACAAGGAAAUAAUCUCGAAAUUUAUUUUUACCUGUUACAUUUCAUUCACUCUCAUUAAGUAUUUAUUAGACAAUGUUGCUUUUGGUCCUCCUGUUCUUUAAGAAGCCUGUCUUCCACUUUAUGGCUAACACUCCAUUUCAAGAAAUGGCUUUUGAAGUGCAGCCAAAUCUCAUAUUUGAGUCUUCUGUAGGAAAGAUAAUAACUUUUUUUCACUGUAAUCUACUCUGAAUGUGAAAUAUCUUUUGUUAAAUAAUGGUGAAGAUGAAGUAAUAGCUUCCACUGUAACAUCAACUGCAGUUCGGUUGGAUUUAUCAAUGGACAUUUUGUAAACUAAGGAAAUGUAGCACUUUACACUGAAUGAGAAACAGAAGUGGACUUUUCAUCUAACAUUAUUUGUGAUUUAUCAUAUUACUAUACUGAUACAAGAAAACAGACAUAGAAUGUAACCCUACAGUACAUACUUGGGUGAAUAAUAGUAGUGGUGUACAUCGAGCACUCAUGUGAAUGAAGGCUGGUAUGCAGGCUCAAGACAAGCGUAACUGGGAUGCAGCUCUAGUUCUGUUAUUGAUGUUAGACUGAAAUGUUCCGUCUCUAAUACAGAAGACAGAUGUCUAACAGGAGACUUCAACUCUACUGAGGCCCAGGAGCUUUUCCACUGAAAAGCUAAACCUGCACAUCCCUCUUUAAUGUGUUUAUUUAUAAGCAUUCAGAUUUUUCCAUACAAAAAUACAAUAAUCACUUGCCUUUUACAAUGGGUAAGGUUUCCUCUUGAAUGAAGGCACUUUCUAGAUCAGCAUUAGCCAGUGCUGGUCCAAAGGUCUGUACUUCACAAUUUACUACUGAACAUUCUUAGAGCAUUCUUCAGUUUAAAAACAAGCAACAAAAAUAUAUAUAUUCUUAAGGCAUCAUUUGAAUUUAUAUGAAAAGUAAUUUUUAAAAAAAUAAUUUUUAACUCAGUUCAAUUUUAGGAAGUGUUUUCCAUAUGUGAAUUGAUUUUUUAAAUGUUAAUAAUAUUAAUUAAUAUUUAAAUGCUAAGGUACAGGAUAAUAAUCUUUAGUUUUCUCCAGCUUCAAGACAGCUCUAGGUUGUAAAACAUACAGAUAAUUGCAGUAUGUUAUUGAGAGUAAAAUUACUGGAAUAAGCCUUUCCAUAAAGUAUGAAAAAAACAUUUAAAAUUCAUGCUAGCCCAUGGAAAAAAAUCACAGCAUUGGUAUACCAGUGGUCUGACAUCAACUCUGAAAAAUUGUGCAAUACACAUUUUAUGCUAACACCAGCUAAACUAGUCUUGACCUCAGUCCAGCCAAAGCUGUCCAUCAUGGCUAUAUGAAUAGUGCUAGUCUAGGCAGCACAACUUCUCUUCUGUGUCAAAUUAAGCACAUUCACACUGGUUUUGCAGGAUUAGGACCCUCACAGGAACAAUCAUAUGAUGUAAAGUAUUUUAGUCGAUUAAAACUAACUUUAAAAAAAAACAUAAUCCUUUUUCUCUUAUGCUUAUGUAUAGAUUUCCAGUCCCUUAUGAAAGAAUGGAAAACUAUCUAGGUCAAUAAAACCUUUUCAUCCAGCAGCUAGAGAACAAAAGUGUAGCACAGAUGUCUGACAGUAUUCUGUGCUUCCCUAAAAUGACUGUUUUUGUGGUGUUGGGUUCUGAGUAUAGUAGGCCUAAUGACAUCUGAAGUUUUUUACCUGUUUCACACGCUGUUGCUGAGAUGCGUUGUCCAUUUAUAAAUCUUAUUACUGUGUUCUUACUUAGAAAAAAGAACAUUUCUGACCUGUGCUGUUUUUCCAUGGAACCCAAUGAAGCACUGCAGUGCUGAUGAAUCAGUUAACUUAGAGGAUGAGCUCAGACCUCAACUUUUAUGUUUCACAGAACAGGCUGUCAGGAUUUUAUGUAAGUUCUAUUUUGGGGACAUAGCAAAGGGAGGCAGAAGAGGGGAGGGAUGGAGAAACUAUACCAGUGAAGCAGAACGCCUUGUUGAAAUUAAGUCCCAGACUUGCUCCUGUCAAUUUUAUUUUAAUAAUUUAGUUAGAGCAGUAGAUUACAUCUUAAAAGUCUUGUUCCUUUAACAGUUGGAGUAAAGAAAAAAGCAGUAGGUGUUUCCUUGCACUAGAUUUAAUGAAGAUAUUAAAGACCUAACUAAGCUGAAACUGAAAUUCACAUUACAUGGUGGGUCCUAAAGUGCUACCACAACCUGUCUUUUCUCUUCAGACAUUACAUUUCAUUCAUCCAUCUGUUACAGCAUCAUGUCCUUGGGACCUGAGCCGACAACUUGCAGCUGCCAGUGAUUUGAUGCCUCUCAGCAGCAGACCCUUCUUGUUUUGACUCUGUUUUGCUGCUUGUGGCUGAUAAGUGUGAGCAGUAUCUUACAGCAGAAUGUGUACUAGAAAUUUUAAGAAAUUUUGGCUGUGUACUUGUACUUUGCUAGUACCUUUUAUCAGUAUUUGUUUUAAUUUAUUUCUCUUUUGUUGGUCUGUUAUUGUAUUUGUAUAAUAACUUACAUGGUUAAUAUCAGUUUUCUGUUUUAAUUUUUAUGUACUUUGAUUUUUUAAAAUGUAAUCAACCUAAGCACUUUAAGCAACAAUGUCAAUAUUGUGAAAUUCCAAUCAGCUUAACAUUUUGCCUUUGUCUUUUUGCUUUUGCAGCUGUUUGCUUGUGAUCCAGCAUCUCGAAUUACAGCCCAAUUGCCAUUUUUAGGCUUGUAGUCCUAGUUGGGUUAUAAAUUUGAGAAGCCCAGAUUUGUUUGUAUGUAUUUAUGUUCAUACCUAACAAUGAUGCAGUAUUUACUGUGUGUCUGCUACACAUAGCAGUAUGUACCUGAUGAGUUGAACUCAGAGUGCACAUUUCACAGCCUUUUGUGCACUCUGCAUGCUAACUUAUCUGAGAAUGACUGUAAUACUUUAAUCUGAGGCACAGUUAUCAAUGACUGUAAUUUAGAAAAGCUCCGCUGCUCACAGGAAAAUUAUUGGAGUUAGCUGUCAAUAAGCUGAUGAUACAGGUAUUGCUCUCUUUGCCCUUUUUUCUGUGCUCUGUACAGUCUCACAUAUGAAUAAUCUUAAGAGCUGCAUUUAUUCUUGGCCCUUCUGUGAGUAUUAGGCAGGAGAACAAUCUUUUUGCGUCUUCCUUCUCUCCACUUUGGGCUCAUAUGAAGGGAAAUGAUAAUGAAGUAGGAUAAGUGCUGAUGUAAAAAACCCCAACACCAUCUAUCAAAGACACUGGAUGCUUCUUAGAGGCCAGCAUCUGUGGUAACCAUAUCAGAAAGUCACUGACUUUCUGUGUUGCUAAUGCAAGGGUUAGUCUUAGUUUAUAAGACUUCAUAUUCUCUUUGAUCGCUGAAAAGACCAGGGCUUUCUCCUGUUGCAUCAAUGCUGUUGCUGGGGUGUUUCUUCUCAGUUUAACAUGGCGCUUAAUAUUUAAAUAGCCCUUGGGAAACCUCGAUAGACACCCUUUUAAUUUCUUUCAGUUAACAUGCAUUACUUCAAAGGGAUUGAUUGAACCUGUCCACAAGAUUUAUUCAAAUUAACAUACUCCUUUUGCAUAUGAGGUCAAAUAACACCUAUCAGAAGGUAUGUGCCCACCUGAUGGGACCAUCUGGGCUAAGCCCACACUUUUUUUACACAGUAAUGAUUCUUUGCCCCCUAGGAGGUUUGCUUGCAAGCUUUGCCUGAAUGACUUAAUAUGAAACCGCACAUAACUCCCUUUAUUCAUGGUUUCAGUGUUGCUAUAAUUCUCUAAUAAUUCUGCUUCAUUUGGUUAUCAAGAGUUGGACUCUUGCACAGUGUAAUAUAAAUUAACUUGUGUGUGCCAUUCACAGUGGUCAAUUUAGCAGACUAAUGCUCAUGAAGGCUGUGCAGGUGGCAACUUCACUAAAUGUAAUAAUAAGGAAUAAGUAAGUGAGGAGCUGGACUGGCAUGCAGCUUCCUAACCCUCAGCUUGUACCCAGCUGAAAUUGGUGCUCCAUCCUCUAGAUAAUCUCAAACCUUCCUCUAGGGGGUCCGAAGUGGCAGGAGCAAAUCCUUUGUGAAGACACCUUGCAGUUCACCAUAACACCUUGCUUGACACACUAAAUAAUUAAUGAAUAUUUGCAAUCCCUCUUUCCUCGCUCCCCAAAACCUCAUUAGUAGGUAUACAUUCCUUAAAGAGGCUGAGCUUAAGCCUCAGCUUUGUAUUUGCAGCAGUGUUCAUAUUUGCAAAUGUCCCAAGACAGAUAUUGUUCACGUACUAAAUUGUUUCCUAGUCAUCUCUCAACAAUCAUUCUAACAGCAAGAGCAAUGUCUGUGAAGCCAUGUUGCAAGUUCAAGUGUUUUUCCUGGAGACAAUUUUCUAGCUUUGGUGGAUUUUGCUAAAGAAGAACCAACACAAACUCCAUAACGUAUCGAUGACUCUUCAGGAGUAAAGUCACCAUAUGCUUUAUGAAUAUGAGUGUAGGGUAGGGGGAAGAAGAGGAAGAAAUAUGGAAAGGGAUGGGUUUUCAGAGGCUCUGAAUAUGUAUAUGUUUGUAAAUAUAUAGUCCCUCUCUACCUUGUCAAAACAAUGCAAUCAUAAUAAAAGGACUUAAAUAUUUUGUGCUAGUUUUUUUAAUGGAGUGAGAGAUAGUACAAUUACUAGGCACACAAUUGGGACACAAAAAAAUGCUGAAUUUCUAGUAAAGUGUACAAUACACGGUGUAUGUGUACAGUUGAGUAUCUGCUCUUUUUAAUCAUGUACUUGUAAUUAAACCGUGCACUAUCUGCAGAACUGUAAGAUAAAUUUCAUGUUGGUUAUUAAGGUUGUAACAUUAAAAACCCAGUAUUUUCUCCUGUUAACACGUUUAUAUUUUACAUAAAAUAAACUCCCUAGCUGAUCUUGCUUCCAUU